AUGACGGCAGUAGAGGCCGAUCAGAAUGCUGCGUGCAGUGCCGCCGUGAUAGGAAAUGUACUAAAUUAUAAUAACCGCGCAGGUGGUGAGGGGCAUGUUGACUUGACUGAUAUUGUGGGUGUGCUCCCCCGGCCGGGACAUCAAUCAGAACACCUUGUGCUCUUUUUGGACCAAACUCAAGGUCACGAAGACGAUAUAUGUCCUCGUCUUGCAAAAAUAUGCAUAUCUUCUCUGGUGAAGGGAUUGUCCCCGUUUUUAAGGGAGAUUCCCAGUUAUCUCCAACAAGGCGAGCCCGUACAGGUUGUGAUAUCUACACAGUCUGGGACAGGAAUAGCAAAAACAGUAUUCCAGCGUGCUGUGCAGCCUUUCCUGACUUAUCUGGCCAUUUCUCACCAGGUACAUGAAACCCAGUCAGACCAGACGAUCCUUGGACUGUCUCAAUCACAAUUCCUCGAGCGAGCCUGUGCGGGGAUUCCGCAGACUAUUAUUCUCCUGUCCGGAGAUGGGGGCCUCAUCGACAUCGUUGAUGUCUUCUACAGAACUCAUCGCAAGAUCUACGUUCCACCGCAUAUUGCCUUGGUCCCCUGUGGGACAGGGAACGCGAUGGCAAGCUCGAUUGGACUACGGUCUGGCCCGGCUUCUAGCCUCACUGGACUUCUUCAGGGACAACCUGUUCCGGUGCCCAUUUUCGCUGCCAGGCUCUCUGCCGGUAGCCGGCUUGUUGUUGACGAGGGUCGCCAUCGUUCUCAGAUAGAUGCCGAAUCCGACGCUCCUCACCGCACAAUGUACGGUGCAGUGGUUGCGAGCUGGGGAUUACAUGCGGCACUGGUCGCAGAUAGUGACACUAUUGAAUAUCGCAAGUUCGGAUCCGAGAGGUUUAAGAUGGCAGCCAAUGAGCUCCUCUACCCAUCUGAUGGCACAGAUCCUCAUCGGUUUCAGGGAAAGAUCACCUUGACUACAAUGGACAGGCAGACCGGAGAUCUUUGCGAGAAGGCAAUAGAGGACCACGAGCACACUUAUGUGCUUGCAACUCUUGUCCCCAGAUUGGAGAAGGAAUUUCUGAUUUCGCCCGAUUCGGAACCUCUCGGUGGACAAAUGAGGCUCCUGCGCUUCGGUCCUCUACCCGCUGAAGAGACAAUGCGCCUCAUGAGCAUGGCUUAUGAGGAAGGCAAGCACGUGCGCGAAGAAACCGUGACCUACGAUGAGGUGGAGCGUCUACGCAUCGAUUUCUAUGAGGACGAAGAAAGAUGGAGACGAGUUUGUAUCGAUGGCAAGAUUGUGGCAGUCGAAAAGGGAGGUUGGAUAGAGCUUCACAAAGAGUCUCGUCAGCUGCUAAAUGUGAUCAAGCCAUGA